CUGUGGGUCUGUUAUUUUUCACGACUGAAAGCGAACACUCCUUCUCCUUUCGUUCCAUUCUUGGACACAGAGCUUGGACCUGUAAGGACCACGAGACGACUGGGUGAGUCAUCGAGUCAUCCCCGGAUUGGCGAUUCUCAUCUCAUUCGCUACCCGUUGCCCGCUGCCCGCUGCCCGCUGCCCGUCCAAAUAGGUUCUGACGAAUCCGUACGCGCGUUUGCCUCUUGAGCAUGUUUCCCGGUGGCGGACGAGGCGGUGGAGCCGCACCCAUCCUGAUGUUGGGCUCCAACACGCAGCGAGAUUCCGGACAGAAGAUCCAGCGCGAGAACAUUGGGGCGGCCCGCUCCAUCGGCGACGUGGUCCGCACCUGUCUGGGUCCCAAGGCCAUGCUCAAGAUGCUCAUGGAUCCCAUGGGCGGCAUCGUCAUGACCAACGACGGCAACGCCAUCUUGCGUGAGAUCACGGUCCAGCACCCGGCGGCUAAGACCUUGAUCGAGAUCGCCCGCACCCAGGAUGAGGAGGUGGGCGACGGCACCACCUCGGUCAUCGUGCUGGCCGCCGAGAUCCUGGCCCACUCGCAGGAAUUCCUCUCGGACAAGAUGCACCCCACCCUCAUCAUCACGGCCUUCCGACAGGCCUUGGAGCACCUAAAUGUCAUCGUGGACGAGCACGUGGCCGUGCCCGUGGAUAUGGACGACUCGGCCGCCGUCCUGAGCGUCAUCCAGUCCUGUAUCGGGACCAAGUUCGUGUCGCGCUGGUCGGACCUGAUCUGCGGCAUGGCCUUGAGCGCCGUGCGCACCGUCUUGACCGAAGACAAGGAGAACAAAACGGCCCACGAGAUCGACAUCAAGCGCUACGCCAAGGUGGAGAAGAUGCCCGGCGGCACCAUCGAGGACUCGCGCGUCAUCUCGGGCGUCAUGUUCAACAAGGACGUGACCCACCCCAAGAUGGCCCGCCGGAUCGAGCAGCCCCGGAUCCUGUUGUUGGAUUGCAAUCUCGAGUACAAGAAGGGCGAGAGUCAAACCAACAUUGAAAUGAUGAACGAGGCUGAUUUCACGCAGAUCCUCGAGAUGGAGGAGGCCUACAUCAAGAAGGUGUGUCAGGACAUUCUCGAGCACCAGCCCACUCUCGUGAUUACGGAAAAGGGCGUGUCCGACCUGGCCCAACACUUCCUCAUGAAGGGGGGCGUCACCGUCAUCCGGCGACUGCGUAAGACCGAUAACUUGCGCGUGGCGCGCGCCUGCGGAGCCACCAUCGUCAACCGCACCGACGAAAUCAGCGCUGCCGAUAUCGGCACCGGCGCCGGGCUCUUCGAGGUGCGUAAGCACGGCGACGAGUACUUCACGUACAUUGAGCAGUGUCAGAACCCCAAGGCCUGCACCAUCCUGCUCCGAGGCGCCAGCAAGGACAUCCUCAACGAGGUCGAGCGCAACAUUCAGGACGCGCUCCACGUGUCCCGCAACCUGUAUUUGAACCCCAAAAUCGUGUACGGUGGUGGAGCCGUGGAGAUGGCGGUAGGCCAACAACUCUUGGCCAAGGCCAAGGCUCUCCAGGGCGUGGAGCAAGGGCCCUAUAAGGCCAUCGCUAGCGCCAUGGAAAUCAUCCCCAAGACGUUGGCCACCAAUUGUGGCGCCAAUGCCAUUCGCACGCUCACGGCCUUGCGCGCCAAACACGCCAAUGGCGAGAACGUGUCUUGGGGCAUCAAUGGCCUCACCGGCGAGGUGGAGGACAUGAAGUCCGCGGGGAUUUGUGAGCCCAUCCUGGUCAAGUCUCAAACCUACAAGACCGCCAUUGAAACGGCGAUCUUGCUCCUCCGAAUUGAUGACAUUGUGUCGGGCACCAAGAAGAAAACUGCCGAAUGAGCGUAAAGAACACGCCGAAUGGGCGAAAGCGAGAUCUUUUUUGUAAUGCAAACUCUGUGGAUAGCUCUUUCUUUUUAAGCUGAUUUAUGCACCUUUCAAGCCAUGUUUUUUUCAACUCUUUGGCCCGAAUAACAAUUCACCAUCAUACUCAU